AUGUCUACCACUCCACUCAUCAUUUGCUAUGGCUCGGAGACUGGAAAUUCUAAAGCCAUUGCUACACGUAUCUACAAGGCUUGCUCCGAGCUUCAAUUUUGCAAAGAUACUCAACUUCAGACUCUGAAUGAGUUUGCAACCAUCUACAAGCUUAGAGAUAGAGCCAAAACCAUUAAACAACCAACGGCAACAGAUAACACAUCUCCACAUAUUUUGGACAGCAAGGUAAACAUGAUCAUUAUUUGCUCAACCACUGGAAAUGGAGAUGUUCCUCAAAAUGCUGAUAGUUUUUACCGAUUCAUCAAGCUCAAGUCAACUCCUGCACAAUUUUUCGAAAACCUUUCUUAUUCCAUUCUCGGGCUUGGAGACAGUAAUUAUGAUUUAUUUUGUAAUGCGGCCAGAAAUAUUGAUAAGAGGCUUCUAGAAUUGGGUGCUGAAAGAAUUGGCAGUAGAGCAGAGGCUGAUGAGGUCGUUGGAUUGGAAGUUUCAGUUGAGCCCUAUAUCGCCCAAGUUCUUCAAUCAUUAAGAAAGAUUUACUCAACUGAGCAUGUGGAAACAGAAAGUAAAGCUAGCAUUACUGACAGUGUGGACACUGCUCGUUCACCUCAUGGAGCUGAGUAUUUGACUAUUGUUAGAGCUGACAAAAUGAGUGACAACGCUCAAUCAGAUGAUUUGAAUUAUUAUAGUUUGAGAUUGGAAGAGCUAUUUGGAUCUCAUUGUGACAGCAGUGAAGACAAUUUAAUCUACGAAAGUGAUGAGCAUGUACCUACUUCAACCGUUGCUCAAACUCCAACCAUUUUUUUCUCUUCCAUUCGAGGAGCUCGAUAUUUGACGACUACUGAGUCAUCAAAACAAGUUUUACAUUUGGAGCUAGAUAUGGCUAAUGCUCCAAUGAGUCAAGAAGCUUCAUUUAAGUAUGAACCUGGGGACGCGUUGGGAAUAUUUUGUGAAAAUGAUCAGGAGCAUGUUGACUUGCUAAUUGAAAAGCUUAAGGAAAGAGGAUCUUUCAAAUUAUCUCCAAAUGAUCAACCAAUUUCUGACACUGACCCAAUCAGCGUCAAAUGUACAGAUGAUUCCAAACGUUGCAUUUUCCCAAAACAUAUUUCAUCAUUAGAAAAUGAAAUUGUCAAUGUCAGAACUAUUCUAACUAAGCGUGUGGAUAUCAUGUCACCCGUAACGGUUCCCAUGCUUCAAGUGUUAGCCAAAUAUUGUUCAAAUUUCAGUGAGAAGAAUGCCAUCCUCAAACUCACUUUCGACACUGCUCUCUAUAACACCCAAAUUGUUAAGCAAAGGGCAAAUUUAUUUGAUAUUCUUUCAUGGUAUCCUUCAUGCAAACCUUCAUUAAGCCAUCUUCUUCAAGAAUUACCUCCUCUUCUUCCUCGAUACUAUUCCAUUUCAUCCUCUCCAAUUAAGCACCCUGAUGAGGCCCACAUUGCAUUUAGUAUUAUCAAAUUCGAAACACCUCCUCCAUAUCACACCAUUCGUCAUGGCUCUUGUACCUCGUGGUUGCAAAAUAAGGCGAAAAAGUUUUGGUCCAGCGAAGAGCAAGUUAAAAUUCCAGUAUUCGUUAAACCUUCACCCAACUUUAGACUUCCUGAAAAUUUGAAUACACCCAUCAUCAUGAUUGGUCCUGGAACAGGUGUGGUUCCUUUCCGUGGUUUUUUGCAACAUCGUGAAUGCAUGCUAGACAAGAAACAGUCAGAUGGGAUUAAUUGGCUCUUCUUUGGAUGCAGAAGUAUGAAAUCUGACUUUUUAUAUCGAGAAGAUUUGAGAGAUUUCGAAACGAAUAGCUUUGUUAAUUUGAACUUGUUAGUGGCAAGCAGUAGAGAGGCCGAUUCGGGAGGAGGUAUCUGGUAUGGAGGCUCUUACAUACAGGAUUACCUCCGGGAAUAUGCUGCCAAUAUCGUAGAAAUGAUGACAAUGAAGAAAGGAGUGUUGUACGUGUGUGGAGAUGCGCAGGGUAUGGCCCCACAAGUGAAUCGAGUACUUCAUCAAAUCAUUGAAGAGGAAUGCAACUAUACGCCUGAGCAAGCGAAACACGUGGUUUCGGAAUGGCAAGAAACAGGUCGUUAUCUAAAAGAAGUUUGGAGUUGA